AUGAGUUCAUACCUUGAGGAAAAAGCACCUUGUUGUGAAACUCACUUUUGGUUUUUACUAAUCAUGUGUUGGGUUUUUGUGUCAUUUGCUGCUAUCACAUCUGGUCUUGCUCUAGGACUCUUGUCCUUUAGCCAAGUUGAUCUUGAGGUUCUUGUUAAAGCUGGCCAACCUCAAAUCCAAAAAAAUGCAGCGAAGAUUAUGUCCGUUGUUAAGAAUGAGCAUUUACUUUUAUGCACCCUCCUCAUAGCUAAAUCAGUGGCAUUAGAGGGGGUUUCUGCUUUUAUGGAGAAAAUGUUCCCAGAAUGGGUUGCAGUAUUGAUAUCAGCUACACUUUUGGGUGUCGUCGCAGAGAUUAUUCCUCAAGCCUUGUGUUCUCGCUAUGGUUUAAGUGUUGGAGCAACAAUGUCUCCCUUUGUUCGAGUUCUUCUAGUGGUUUUCCUCCCAAUUGCAUAUCCAAUUAGUAAGAUGUUGGAUUGGGUUCUUGGCAAGGGGCAUACUGCACUUUUAGGACGAGCAGAACUGAAGACCUUAGUCAAUUUACAUGCCAAUGAGGCAGGGAAAGGUGGAGAGUUGUCACUCCAUGAAACUACAAUAAUUGCUGGAGCUUUGGACUUAACUCAGAAGACUGCUAAAGAUGCUAUGACACCUAUAAGUGAAACGUUUUCUCUUGACAUAAACUCCAAACUUGACAUGCAUACAAUGGGCUUGAUAAUGGGCAAAGGUCACAGCCGUAUACCAAUCUAUUCUGGAAAACAAACAAAUAUUGUCGGUCUUAUCUUGGUCAAGAAUUUAAUCUUUUGCCGACCUGAAGAUGAAACACCAAUUAAGUAUCUGACUAUCAGGAGGGUUCCUAGAGUAGGUGAAAAUUGGCCACUGUAUGAUAUCCUGAAUCAAUUCAAGAAGGGUCAAAGCCACAUGGCUGUUGUCCUCAAGUGUGAAGAGAACAUCAGAACUACCACAACUGAUGCAGAAGGCAAAAUUCCCAGACUUCGUUCUUCAUUUGAACCAAGAGAUUAUAUUAGCAUCUCAACUGAUGCAUCAAAUCGGAAUUCACAAGAAACAGAAUAUUAUAGUGCAACUCUGAAGAGUGUCAUGCAUCAAGUGGUUGAGUCAGAUCCACCACAUAAAAGAUCAGAACAACAUGAUACAAGUACAUCAUUUGAGAAUUUGGAGUCUCUUCCAACGGAUGAGGAAGUGAUUGGGAUUAUAACAUUGGAAGAUGUUAUGGAAGAGCUACUUCAGGAAGAUAUAUUGGAUGAAACUGAUCAAUAUGUUGAUGUUCAUCAAAAUAUCACAAUCAAACUGCAACAUUCAAGAAGAGUGUCAUCAGGGUCCUCAAGAAGGCCUUCAACUUCUCGUCAACAAUGGAGAAAUUCAGACGCAUCUAGAGUUUGCUUUUGGACUCCUACAUAUAUUUCACCCAUUUCUCCAUCUAACUAGAGCUAAAGAAUCAGCUCCCAAGCUUCCCCUGAAGAAUU